AAUGGCCCCUCCCAUCCUCAAGUUGCUCGAUGGGCACGCCGUUCCUCAGCUUGCCUUCGGCACCGGCACAGCGCUCUACGGCUCCAACGCGUCGCUCCCCGUUCAGCGCGCGCUCAAAGCCGGUUUCGUGCAUAUCGAUGCAGCGCAGAUGUAUGCAAACGAGGCAUCUGUUGGGGAUGCUAUUACUGCGAGCGGCUUGCCUAGGGACAAGCUAUUCGUCACCACCAAGUUGGACAAGCUUGCUCCUGGGGAGAGCGUGUCGGACAGUCUGAAAGGGAGCCUGAAGAAGCUCCAGGUGGAGUACGUCGACUUGUGGCUCGUUCACUCGCCUAUCCCGUUCGAGAAGGCAGGAGAACUGGAAGCGGUGUGGAAGGGUAUGGAACAGUGCAAGUCUGAGGGGCUGGCGAGGAGCAUCGGGGUUUCCAACUUCCGUCCGAAGGAUCUCGAGCGAGUGCUCAAGGUUGCGAGGGAUGUGCCAGUUGUGAACCAGAUCGAGUUUCAUCCCUAUGUGCAGAAGCAGCUCACCCCCUUGCUCGCGCUCAUGAAGCAGCACGGCAUCCUCGUCGAGUCCUUUGGGGGGCUCGUACCUAUCACACGCGUCUCUUCUGGCCCCAUUACGCCUAUCCUCUCCCGCCUGGCACAGAAGUACAGCAAAACGGAGGGCCAAGUGCUCAUGCGCUGGCUGGAGGCAAAGGGCGGUAUCUCUGUAACGACGACGACGAAAGAGGAGAGGCUGAAGGAAUACUUGGCAGCAUACGAAGGUGGAGAACUGACGAGUGAGGAAGUGGCUGAGAUCGACGAGGCGGGCGAGAAGCUGCAUUUCAGGCACUUCCAGAAGCAUAUGAACGACUUCUGAGAACGAACGGUCCAGAGACAAUUAGGAACCUCUAUGGACGAGUCUGACCUCGUUCAAGGUUGAUAUAUGCGCUUGAUUCAUAUGACGCCCUUUAUCAGGUCGGCCGCUGCAUAUAUGCGCUCAAUAUUGCGCUCUAACCCACAAGCUCACACUCACCUUGCUCCGCGAUCGCAUAUGCAGUCGCCUGUGUAUGCGCGGCGAUAUGCAGUGGGACAAUGGACAAGUCGACGACCCG